UCUCGUUAAAAAAAUAAAUAAAUAACCCAUUAUUACUAUUUACUAGUAUUUUGCACCGUUCGAAUCGUUAUUUGUGCGUUCCGUCAGCAUUCACCGGACAACCAUUUUCGCCGCCGUACGUUUUCCGGUCACCGCUUCUUCUUAUUUUCUCCCUUUAGUGUGAUAGAAAUAGCUGGAAGAUUGAAUCGAUGAAGGCGCCUUCUCAGAGAUGGGGGUACAUUCGAAUCAUGUCCGGAACAAUUCUCGGAGGCAUCCUCGGAUUCUAUGUUAUGCACCGUCUUGAGAUUAGUUACAAGGAAAAAAUGAAUGAAAGGCUGAGAAAUUAUGAAGCUGAAUUGAAGAGGAAGAGGGAAGAGAAAUUAAGUGAGUUUGAGAUUCAAGAAUCAUCAUCCAAGUUUUGAACUUCCAUUCUAUAUUGUAACAUUUCUCAACUUUCUUUUUGAUGUACCCUUUUUUAUGCUUUCAAUUUUUGAGAUAAUUGUUUCUAGUGUAGUGAUAUAAGCAAUAGCUUUCACAUAGAUAGGCCUUGUUUGGAUAAACAACUUAAUUUUCUGCAGCUUAUAGUAUAAGUGUUUAUCAUGAUAAGCCCUUAUGUAUAAGUUAUUUUGUAACAAAAAAUAAAAUAAGCUAUCUUUGGGAA